AUGCGGUGCGAGGACAAGGAUAUAGGGCAGCAUAAAAAUGGGUUGAGGCACAGAAGGGAGGAAGAACCUCACAAGCUUAAAUUACAGCAUAAAGUGGCAGAGGGAGGAGAAAACCUCAGUGUUGGGCAGAGGCAGCUGCUGUGUCUGGCUCGAGCUCUCCUGAGAAAGUCACGUAUCCUAAUUCUGGAUGAAGCCACGGCAGCUGUUGACCUGGAGACAGACAACCUGAUUCAGAACACCAUCCGCAAAGAGUUCUCAGACUGCACAGUCCUUACCAUCGCCCACCGCCUGCACAGUAUCAUGGACAGCUCUAGGGUAAUGGUGCUUGAUGCUGGAAAAAUAGUGGAAUUUGAUUCGCCGAGCAACCUGCUUGAAAAUGAAGGUCAUUUCUAUGCCAUGGCAAAAGAUGCUGGGAUAACAUUAGAAAGUAACACAAAUUUAUAAUCUCUACUUAUACUGUUUUUUUAGGGAAGAUUUAGGGCCACAAUUUUCUGUGUAUGUGUUUUAUUUGUAGGUUUACAUUGUGAAGACUGGAUUUUACUUUUAUGUAAAGAAACACUGACAUAUGUAUUGUAUUUAUAGGGAAAAACAUAGGGAAAACAUAUUGUAUAUGUAACACAUUUUAUGUGUGAAAAAUAAAAUUUAUUUCUGAAAUCA